AUGUCUUCGUACUACGAACCGCAGGGUUGGCAGGCUCCCGCCGCGCGAUCGGUUUCUUGGGAGCAGCCCGUGCCGCCAUCUCGUUCAGGCUCGAGCUCGGUCUCUCAGCGCGAGGAUAGCCCGGCCUUUUCUUCCCAAUUUGACGAGGUCGAUCGUGCGAUCGACAAUCUCGUCAAGAGCGGGAAGCUGUGGAAUGCUCCUCGCCGGGACUCGAUGCCCAUGAUGAUGGGUCGUCCCUAUCCCGAUUACGACCCUCGCAUGGCGGGUGGCGGCCCCCAGCGACACCAUUCGAUUAGCGAGUUCGAAGGCCCCCGGAUGCACCCCGCCGGCAAUGCGCAGGGUUUCUAUGCCUCGCAGCGGUACCAGGGUCGCCCCAAUGAAGUAGAACAAAUGAUGCAGGCGAAGCGGCGGAUGGCAGCUCAGCGUGAACGGGAACUCCGCAACUAUCACCAGGAGCAGCAGUACAACCGAAGCCUCCUCGCCGAGAUGUCUGCAAACAAAUCCGAUCGCUCCACCAGUCCUGCGGCCGUGAACGCCGUGAACGAAGAAAGCCGCCGAGACCUUCUGGCUCGCCAGCACCGAGCCCUGUACGGCAACGAGAGCCCAGCCUUCUUCCCCCCGGGUCCUCUACCCGAUGACAACUCUCGCCCGGACAGUCAGGCUACCAGAACACCCUCAUCUGCCGGUGUUCGCGGUUCCUCUCCACGCGGAGUGGAUCUUUUCGGUUUGACUCAGGGUACUGGCGCCGCUACGGCCGAGGGUACAUCUGGUCUUCAGUCUCCAAACCGUGCCAAUAGCACCUCUUCGCCUAACUCGGCUAUCAAUGCUGGUUUCCCCGAGCAGCCCGCCCCCGCUAAACAGACCGCCGUCCCCAUCGGUUCCGUCGGUCCCAUCGGAUCUCGUCCUGUUCCACCACAGACUUCCGCUCCAUCCUCUAACCCGGCUCUGAACAAGCGUUCCACUACUCCCUUGCCUUCCCCGCUAGGCUUCGGUUUCACUCCUAGUGAGGCCGCUGCUAAUGCUGCGAACGAGCGCUCUACUUCUGCGGCUUCUAACCCUGCCGUAACUGCUGCUUCCAAUGUUUCUGGAUCUAAGGAUUCAGCAGCUGGAGGAGUUGGUCUCGGCUGGGCUAACGGCAGUGGUGUUUGGGGCUCGAAGAGUGGACUUGGUGUUCAGGCCUCUGUUUGGGGUUAA